GCGGCUCGCGCCUGAUGUUUGUAAAACGUUUGUUUCCAGUUUGAAGUUUUGUGGUUUUCGAAGCAUUUUAAUUGUUUUCUGGUGUUUUUUGGGGGUUUAACCUGCCAAUAAAGAUGGCUUCAACCGCGGCAGGCAAGCAGCGGAUCCCGAAGGUGGCGAAGGUGAAGAACAAAGCUCCAGCAGAGGUUCAGAUCACAGCUGAGCAGCUGCUGAGGGAAGCCAAAGAGAGAGAGCUCGAACUUCUGCCACCGCCACCCAAACAGAAGAUCACUGAUGAAGAGGAGCUGAACGAUUACAAACUGAGGAAGAGGAAGGGGUUUGAGGACAACAUCAGAAAGAACCGAACGGUCAUCAGUAACUGGAUCAAAUACGCACAAUGGGAGGAAAGCCUGAAGGAGGUCCAGAGGGCUCGUUCCAUCUACGAGCGAGCGCUGGACGUGGAUCACAGAAACAUCACGCUGUGGCUGAAAUACGCCGAGAUGGAGAUGAAGAGCCGACAGGUGAACCACGCCCGAAACAUCUGGGACCGAGCCAUCACCAUCCUCCCCCGCGUCAACCAGUUCUGGUACAAGUACACGUACAUGGAGGAGAUGCUGGGGAACGUGGCGGGCUGCAGGCAGGCGUUCGAGCGCUGGAUGGAGUGGGAGCCCGACGAGCAGGCCUGGCACUCCUUCAUCAACUUCGAGCUGCGCUACAAGGAAGUGGACAAAGGCCGCAGUAUUUACGAGAGAUUCGUCCUCGUUCACCCCGAGGUGAAGAACUGGAUAAAGUACGCUCGUUUUGAGGAGAAGCACGGCUACAUCGCUCACAGCAGGAAGGUGUACGAGCGGUCGGUGGACUUCUUCGGGGAGGACUACGUGAACGAACACCUGUUUGUGGCCUUCGCAAAGUUCGAGGAGGCGCAGAAAGAGGUGAGCGACUGA